AACAGAGAGCAUGAUGGUCUUUAUAAAAGUCCCUUUUGUUGAAUUAUUGUAUCUAACCAGACAAUUUCAUGGUAGCCAGUCAUGCAAAUGGGGCAACAAAAAAAAGGGUGCACUGUGCCUUUAAAAGAUGACACCUCCCAGUAGUGGCUCAGUUUGCUUUAAACCAACAGUGUGGCUGCUAAGCACACACACUGUUGUGUAGUGCAGUGCAAACACUACACAACACAAACAGGAAGAGAGCAGAGCACACACACACGCAAAAGUACCAAUAUUUUGUAUUGACUUAUUGUUUUUGGAGCAGGAACAUGGAUCAUCGGCACCACUUUGCACCGAGUUGACCGCUUCCCAGCGUGGUGGAGAGAGCAGGUGGAUCCUGCUCGCCGUCUCACCUUUAUGGGGAACCAGGUGGAGAAACUAACGCACUUGAAUUACGUGGAAGUGCCGACGUCGGAUCCCAACGGCUUCGACCCGGACGAAGAGGGACCGCGCAUCGGCGUCUCCUACAUCUUCUCCAAUGACGCGGACGACGACGACGACGAGCAUUCGGACGCUUUCCCACCCGAGCACCAGCCGGCGAAGCACGACGAGAAGCCGUUCGACCCCCAGGACGAGCUGGGGUGCUCGGUGCUCUUCCGGGAGGAGAGCGUGUUCGACAGGAGCGGCGGCGCCGCCACGCACACCGCGGAGAGUCUGUUGAACAAGUGCAAGCCGGGGGAUCUGCUGGAGUUUGUGGCCACCGGGCAGUACCCACACUGGGCCGUGUACGUGGGGGACUUCCAGGUGGUCCACCUGCAUCGCGCCGAGAUCAAAAACAGCUUCCUCACCGACGUGAGUCAGGGCAAGAAGGGCCGCGUCGUCAACAGCAUGUACCGCUACCGCGCGCUCACGCCGGAGUUGAUCGUGCGCAACGCCGUGGACCACGUGGGCUCCAGGGACCGGGAACUGUACUGGAGGAACUCCGAGUGCUUCGCCGCCUGGUGCCGCUUUGGGAAGCGCGAGUUUAAGAUCGGCGGGGAGAUUAGGAUCGGAAAGCAGCCAUACAAAUUGAGAUUACACUUUUCCGAGAAGGAGGAGCACGUGUUGGAGUUCCAGAGCCUGGAGGACGUGAUCAUGGAGCGGAGGAGGAACGAGCAGAUAGGGAAGGAUGCUGUGAUGCAGGAACUGGCCAAUCACCUGAACGCAACACAGGACUUUAAAGAGUCUUAUGGCACCUGAUGCUCGUCAUAGUGCUCUGUGCCAUACAUUUGACACUACUUUCUAACAGCAAUAUACACUCCUGUUAUUUUCCUACCAAUCAGCAGCUUUAAUGCGUUUAAACAUCUGCUUAGCUGGCAGCAGGAUGGAACAGGGGUUAGUGCGUGUGCCUCACAAUAUGAAGGUCCUCAGUUCAAUCCCGGGCUCGGGAUCUUUCUGUGUGGAGUUUGCAUGUUCUCCCCGUGACUGCAUGGGUUCCCUACUGCUUCCUCCCACCUCCAAAGACAUGCACCUGGGGAUAAGUUGAUUAACAACACUAAAUUGGCCCUAGUGUGUGAAUGUUGUCUGCGAUGAGGUGGUGACUUAUCCAGGGUGUACCCUGUCUACCGCUCGAGAUGGGCUCCAGCCACCCCGAAAGGGACAAGCAGUAGGAAAUGGAUGGAUCUGCUUGGCUUCAUGUCUAAUGUCUAACGUACACAGGAAUAAAAGCACCUGAAAGGAGAUAAUAGCCAAAAUUUAAAAAUAACCCUGCAUAGUUAUAUUGUUCGUCAAUGUCUGCAUAUAUAAAUGAAAUCAACUCGGGCUGUCAACCGUAAUAAAUAACUCAUGUGAUUAAUCACUAAAAAUGAUCGCAUCAAUUAUGAACAUACCGAGAUUAAUCAUGCAAAUUAUUUUGACCAGACAAGCUCUUUUACUUUAGGUUGAUAGGCAACACUAAAUCGGCCCUGGUUUGUGAAUGUUGUCUAUCUGUGUUGGCCCUGCGACUUGUCCAGAGUGUACACUGCCUUCCGCCCGAUUGCAGCUGAGAUAGGCUCCAGCACCCCCCGCCACCCUGAACGGGACAAGCGGUAGAAAAUGGAUGGAUGGAAGUUCUUUUACCUUCACUGCUACACGUGCAGUGUUAAGAUCGAUGCAUACAAACAUGAGUAAGGACACUCCGACUGUUGUUCUCACUGGCAAAUUUCACUUCAAAAUACAGCCUAACUCAGGGGUGUCAAACUCAUUUUAGAAUCAGGGGCCACAUUGAGAAAAAUCUUACUCCCAAGUGGGCCGGACUGGUAAAAUCACGGCACGAUAACUUAAAAGUAAAGAAAACUUCAGAUUGUUUUCUUUUUUUUAAAAAUAGAACAAGCACAUUCUGAAAUUGUACAAAUCAUAAUGUUGUUGGGUUUUUUUUUACACUUACAUGUUGUGGCUAAUAAUGUUCUAUCUUUAUUUGUCGUUAUUUAUAUUUUCUGAAUAAAUUAUGUAAUAAUGUUCAUCAGUCAACUCAUUAAUGUUAAUUUUCAAUCUAUCAAGUUAAAAAAAUGAUAUCAAAAUCAAAUUACAGUAUAUUAUUUAUGUAGUUUCAUCAUUUUUCUCGACUGAUGUACUAACAUGUGGUUUAUUUUGUACAUAUGUACGAAGAUACAAAGAAUUGCUAUUGUGACAUCCAGUGGACACAUUUAGAACAGCAGUUUUUUUUGUUCAAAAAUUUCCGGUUAAUUUUUAUAUUUAGCAAACUCUUCCCACGGGCCGGAUAAAACCUGUUCCAUACGUUUGACACCCCUGGCCUAACUGGAUUUUAGAUUAAACUUACCAAGUUUUGUGCAAAUACAUGACAUGCAUUCAGUAAAACGUGUGUACACGCUUCUGGAUGACAAAGUUGCAUUUGUCUCUAAAUAUUAGGGUAUUUUUUUUAAAGCAUUUUUAAAUUAUGCACGCACAAUCACCUGUGAUUAAUCUAAAUUCCAAAAUGUUAUUACUCCAAUAAAAAUUUUUAAAAAUAAUUCGACAGCCCCAAAAACAUUUAAAAAGUAUGUUUAGCUAUAUAGUUUAAUGUCAACUGUAAAUACAUUUUCUUAGUUAAACGGAAAACAUUAAGUCGACAUGAAAAGUCUCAUUUUAAUUUCAACCCUUACAAAGAUCUGACUGACUUCAUUUGAAUUACUCGCUUUUUGUUAAUAGUCUGUACCAAAAGGUCUUAAAACCGAAUUAUACGAAAACUGAAGACAUGUAUUUGCCCCAAAACCAUUUCAGUCAUAUACAGUACAGGCCAAAAGUUUGGACACACCUUCUCCUCAUUCAAUGCAUAUUCUUUAUUUUCAUGACAUUUUACAUUGUAGAUUGUCACUGAAGGCAUCAAAACUAUGAAUGAACACGUGGAGUUAUGUACUUAACAAAAAAAGGUGAAAUAACUGAAAACAUGUUUUAUAUUCUAGUUUCUUCAAAAUAGCCACCCUUUGCUCUGAUUACUUUUUUGCAAACUCUUGGCAUUCUCUCUAACUCCACGUGUUCAUUCAUAGUUUUGAUGCCUUCAGUGACAAUCUACAAUGUAAAUAGAUAGAUAGAUGGAUAGUACUUUAUUGAUAGUCAUGAAAAUAAAGAAAACGCAUUGAAAUGAGAAGGUGUGUCCAAACCUUUGGUCUGUACUGCGUAUAUACUGUAUAUAGAAAAUAAAAAUAUAACACAAAUCACAUUUUUAGAGAGUAUAAUUCCAGUUUACAUCUAGAAUGCCAAUGAUGAUUGAAAUAUAUAAAUGAAAAUUGAACAUUUGUUUGCAAAGACGACAAUGAGAGGGAGGAUGGGAAGUCACUUUGCUAUACAAGUUCUUCAAUGGUCACGAUUGUGUUUCUCACCUUCUUUAUCAAAGUGCUGUGACUUGCAACUUUUAUUUUUUGGCCCCAUGGGGGCUUAUUUAGCAUUUACAGUUCAUUUUUAAAGCACUGAGUCCCCAAUGUGUGGGAGUCUUUGUUGAGCACUGGGGCAAAUAGCAGUUUGUCACGCUCUAUAUGAUUGGCUUUACCAUAAGGGUCAACAUUUUGUGUCAAAUUUGAUUCAAAAACCAAAUAUAAAGGACAAAUGGGGCUUACACACACCAUCAUUACCUAGCCUUGUACUUUGCAGCCAUAACUGCACUUUUCUGGAGUCAUCUGUUUAAUUUUUGAGGACAAAAUAUUAGUAUGGAAAU